CAACCUCGCCACCGCCAUCUCUUGUCCCCUGUACCCCCUCAUCUAUAAAAUGGGCGACCGAUCGUGACCGAAAGCGACCUCGCCAGGAGCAGCCCCCUCGCUCGCCCAGCCUCCGGGACGCCCCUUCGUCUCCCAGCCACGUCGCACCUCGGUAGCGCUUCCCUCCGGGUCUGUUUGCUCUGGGCCUAGGCCUCCCAGCCCCUCCCACCCCCGCGUGGCUCCCAGUGCCCACCCUCUCGCCAGCCCGCGUUCAGGCCACCAUCUUUCCCUCGCCCUCUCACUCAGCCCCGCGGGGCUCCCAGCAUCGUCCCCCGUUUCCCGCCUCCCCUCCCUUCGGUUCCCCCCUCCGGGUCGGGGCGCCCACCAGGCGUCGCUGUCGCCCCCCACCCAUGGCCCUGGAGGUGGGUUUGACCAACAGCAGUAGCCCGAGCUUGGGGGCUCCCGAGGGCAGCGGAUGGGUGGCGGCCAUUCUGUGUCUCAUCAUCGCCCUGACCGCGGGAGGCAACUCGUUGCUCAUCCUGCUCAUUUGCACGCAGCCGGCCCUGCGCAGCACCUCCAACUACUUCCUCGUGUCGCUCUUCACGUCGGACCUGCUGGUGGGGCUGGUGGUGAUGCCGCCAGCCAUGCUCAACGAGCUGUACGGCCGCUGGGUGCUGGCGCGCAGCCUCUGCCUGCUCUGGGCGGCCUUCGAUGUCAUGUGCUGCAGCGCCUCCAUCCUCAACCUGUGCCUCAUCAGUCUGGACCGCUACCUGCUCAUCCUGUCUCCGCUGCGCUACAAGGGCCGCAUGACGCCGUGCCGCGCCCUGGCCCUCAUCCUGGCCGCCUGGGGCCUGGCCGCGCUGGCCUCCUUCCUGCCCACGCACAUGGGCUGGCACCGGCAGGGCCGCCCGCCGGCCCCCAACGCCACCGCCGAGGCCGCCUGGCCCGAGCUGGCCCCCGGGGGGCAGUGCCGCCUGCUGGCCAGCCUGCCCUUUGUCCUGGUGGCGUCGGGGCUUACCUUCUUCCUACCUUCUGUGGCCAUCUCCUUCACUUACUGUAGGAUCCUGGUGACUGCCCGAAAGCAGGCGGUGCAAGUGGCCUCCCUUGCCACCAACAUGGAGGCAUUGCAGGUGCCGAGGACUCCAAAUCUAGCAGCAUCUACCUCCAGUGAGAACAGACGGUUUGCCUCGAAGCACAGCAGGAAAGGUUAA